AUGGUAGCUUGUGAAGUUGGUCCUCUAUUCUUAAAGGCCGUUGAUUGCUCAGGAGAGGUAAAGGAUAAAGACUUUAUUGCUAGUUUGUUGAAUGAUGCCAUUGAAGAAGUUGGAGAUGACAAAUUUGUUGUACAAAUUCUGACUGAUAAUGCAAGCAAUUGCAAGGCCGCUGGAGAACUUAUAGAGGGUAGAUAUCCACAUAUAUUUUGGACACCAUGCAUUGUUCACACUCUUAACCUUGCUCUUAAAAACAUUUGUAAUGCUAAAAAUGUUUCAAACAAUGAGGAGGUUUAUGAUGAGUGUCAUUGGAUAACUGAAGUUCAUGGAGAUGCUUUAUUUAUCAAAAACUACAUAAUGAACCAUUCAAUGAUGUUAGCUAUAUUUAAUAAGUUCUCUCCAUUAAAGCUUCUUUCUGUCGGUGAUACUCGCUUCGCUUCGGUAGUUGUCAUGCUAAAGAGGAUGAAACUUCUUAAACCAACUCUUCAAUCCAUGGUUGUUAGUGAGGCUUGGUCCACAUAUCGUGAUGAUCAUCGUGGAAAAGCUACACUUGUGAGGGAAAAGAUUUUAAAUGACGAUUGGUGGGACAACGUUGAUUACAUCCUUGAUUUUACUCGUCCCAUUUAUGAAAUGAUAAGAGCAUGUGAUACCGACAAAGCAUCCCUUCAUCUAGUAUAUGAAAAAUGGGAUUCAAUGAUUUCAAAGGUGAAGGAGAUCAUAUAUAACCUUGAGCAUAAACAAAGGCAUGAGUAUUCUUCUUUCUUUAGUGUGGUCGAAACAAUACUUCUUAGCCGUUGGAAGAAAAGCAACACUCCACUUCAUUGUUUGGCACAUUCUUUGAAUCCAAGGUAUUAUAGUGACGUGUGGCUUAAAGAGGUCCCCGGUAGAGUUGCUCCACAUGUUGACAAUGAAAUUUCCACACAAAGAUUUAAUUGCUUCAGAAGAUUGUUUCAAAACUUGGAAGAUAGAAGAAAGGUUAAUAUGGAGUAUUCUAUUUUCUCGGCAAGAGAUGGUGGUGUAUUUACCGAACCGGAGUGCUUGAAUGAUAUGUACAUGAUGGCUCCAAAGCAUUGGUGGGCAACUUAUGGCUCACAAGUUCCGAUGCUUCAAGCAUUAGCAUUCAAGUUGUUAGGACAACCAUCAUCUUCCUCUUGUUGUGAGAGGAAUUGGAGCACAUAUAAAUUCAUUCAUUCAUGUACUAGAAACAAACUUGCACUAAAACGUGCUCAAGAUUUGGUGUACAUUCAUAACAAUCUUCGUUUGCUUUCAAGGAGAGGUGAGGCUUAUAACAAGGGAAGAACAAGGUUGUGGGAUGUUGGAGGAGAUGACUUUGGAAAUCUAGAAGAUUCUAUUUGCCUUGGCAUGGCGGAUCUUUCUCUUGAUGAGCCCGAGUUGGAAACUACUUUUGUAGCGGAGGAUGAUGAUGGAUGUCAUAUGGAUGAUAUGUGA